AUGUCCUCUGCUAAGCUCCUUCUUCUUGUCUCUCUUGUCGUUCUCUGCGCCUUCGCCGUCGAGGCUCAAUACUACUACGGCUAUUACGGAUAUCCGUACUACUCCUACUACUACCCAUCUUACGGCUAUGGCUACAACGGCUAUGGAUACAACGGCUAUUACGGCUACUAUGGAAAACGUGAGGCUGGAUUUGGACCUGGACAACAACAACAACAACAACAACAACAACCACUACAACAGCAACCACCUCAGCAGUACCAGCAAACGCCACAACACUAA